GGAUCUCUGCAUCUGCAGUCGCCGCCAAGUGGGGAGACAAGUUCAGGACACUCUUAGAGUCCAUGGGAGCGUCGCGUGCAGCCGCAAGUUCUGCUAUCACACUUGGUCCAGUGACAGUGUCGUUCCCUGCACUUGUAGUUCUCAUCUUCGUCACAGGAAUGAUUUAUAUGGGUGGAGACUUGGGAAAGCGCUUUGCAAGAGGCUCCUCAGCGCUGGCCGUCAUUCUCAUUUUGACCAUGACGAUUGUUGCAGGCACAGACUUCAAGGCAUCGCAUUUUCAGCCUUUUGUACCUCCAGAGUUUGGACUUAGCGGUGUCAUGGCUGGGGCCGUCACGACCUUUUUUGGUUUUAUCGGAUUUGAUGAAGUUUGCUGCAUGGCUGGCGAGGCAGUGCAACCGCAAAAGACAGUACCACAGGCUCUCAUUGGGACACUUUCCAUUGCCACACUUCUGCCUGUAAUUGCCUCUUUGGCACUUGUGGGAUUCUCGCCGUAUGAUGCAAUUGAUCCCAAUUCUGGCUUUGCAGUGGCUUUCCGGGAGAGGGGCUGGACAGCUUUAGCCUAUUCGGUGCAACUUGGGCAACUUGUGGUCCUCUUUGUGGUGACGUACAUGUGUUUCCUGGCACAGCCACGAGUCUUCUAUGUCCUUGCAAGGGAUGGCCUUUUGCCCAAGAAGUUUGCAGACCUGGAUGCAAAGGGCGAGCCAUGGUUUGCCACGUUGAUGACCGGCUUGCUGGUCACAGCCUGCGGCGCACUCCUACCAUUUGACACGCUUGCGAAUGCCAUUUCUGGAGGAGUUUGUGUGAACUUCAACUUGGUAAACUGUAGCGUCUUGAUGCUGCGCGGAGAGAAUCGAACAAGAAUGGGAGUCAGCCUCGCUUCCUUCAAUGGCUCUGCCCUUGCUGCAGCUCUGCUUCUUCGGCAAGUUCUGAAAAAUGCCCAUAGCUUCCUUCUUUGGCUCCUUUUUGCUGCCUCAGCACUAGCUCUUAUCAUUAGCUUUGUCCUGCUAUGGCGCUCGCUCCGACAGGACCCUGCCCUAGCAGGCUCUCCGGAGACUCUGGUUUUUUACAAAGUCCCCUUUGUACCUGCACUUCCUUGUUGUGCAAUGCUCUUCAACACAAUCAUGAUUUCCUCUAUGAAGGGUGUGGACUUUCUGCUUCUGAUGGCCUACUUGGCCAUUGUUGUCUGUCCGUAUUUAGCAGUUGCGCAUAGGAGGCGCGCGAGAGCAAGAAUGACUGACAACCGGUGUGAACUUAUUCCAUCUGGUAGCCAUAGCUAAGGCCAAGGAGGUACCAGCAGUGGCACAGUUUGAGGAUUUGGAACUCACUGACUGAUGGAUAGCAGGGCAGAUGAGCAGUACUCCGUGUGAGAAGAGAAGAGUGACAGUACUGUCAGUACUGUCAGUACUGCGACGGCUCUGGACUUGGAGAUGGGCCAUUUGUACCCGAGCUCGCUGGCAUGACUCCUUUGUCGAGCUUCAGCUGCCAGUCCUACCAGUCCUACCAGUCCAUGACCUGAGAAUCUGAGCGCUCUGAGAGGAGUUGGGCUGAAGCGUUUUCAAGUGGCGGUUUGGAUCCGAUAGCCCAUUCGUUCCUGGAGAUGUGGACAACAAUGAGAAGGCUUUCCGAGCGGCGUGUGAUUCAUGAUAUUGGCAGCGCAAAAUCAAACAAGGGGCCCGCGCACACACGAACAGCCGUUUUGAAGUCCCCGCCGGCUGUUGUA